CGAGUUGCCCGCUCGCCCUCUUCCCUCGCCCGCCGGACAUGGACCCGCGCAAAGUGAGCGAGCUGCAGGCCUUCGUGAAGCUCUGCAAGCAGGAGCCGGGCCUCCUCCACGCCCCGGACCUGCGCUUCCUCCGAGAAUGGGUCGAGAGCAUGGGUGGCACGAUACCGCCCGCUCCUCCUCGGUUUUCAUCGGGAGAAAAAGUCAAGGAGGAGAAAAAGCCGGAGGAACAAGUUAAAGAAGAAGAGCCACAGAGUGAGGAAAGUGACCUAGAAAUUGAUAAUGAGGGCGUGAUUGAACCAGACACCGAUGAUCCCCAAGAAAUGGGCGAUGAAAAUGCAGAGGUGACAGAUGAGAUGAUGGAUCAGGCCAAUGAAAAGAAGGGCGCAGCCAUUGAUGCCUUAAAUGCUGGGGAACUUCAGAAAGCCAUUGACUUAUUCACAGACGCCAUCAAGCUGAAUCCUCGGCUGGCCAUUUUGUACGCCAAGAGAGCAAGUGUCUUUGUGAAACUGCAGAGACCCAACGCUGCCAUCAGAGACUGUGACCGGGCAAUAGACAUAAACCCUGAUUCAGCACAGCCCUACAAGUGGAGAGGGAAAGCUCACAGACUCCUAGGCCACUGGGAGGAAGCAGCUCAUGACCUUGCCAUGGCUUGUAAACUGGACUAUGACGAAGAUGCCAGUACCAUGUUGAAAGAAGUUCAGCCGAGGGCCCAAAAGAUUGCUGAACACCGGAGGAAAUAUGAGCGAAAACGUGAGGAGCGAGAAGUCAAAGAGAGGCUAGAACGAGUGAAGAAGGCCAGGGAGGAACAUGAGAGAGCCCAGAGGGAGGAAGAAGCCCGGAGACAGGCAGGAGCUCAGUUUGGCAGUUUCCCAGGUGGCUUCCCUGGAGGAAUGCCUGGCGGCAUGCCUGGAAUGGCAGGAGGCAUGCCAGGAAUGGCAGGAAUGCCCGGGCUGAAUGAAAUUCUUAGUGACCCAGAAGUUCUCGCAGCCAUGCAGGAUCCCGAAGUUAUGGUGGCUUUCCAGGAUGUGGCCCAGAACCCGGCAAACAUGUCAAAAUAUCAGAACAACCCCAAGGUCAUGAAUCUGAUCAGCAAAUUGUCAGCCAAAUUUGGAGGUCAACCAUAAUUCCCUUUUUAAUUGUCUUUAUGGAAGGAAAAAAAAUACCCAGAUCACUUAAUGGACAUCGCAAUAACACCAACCAAUGUACCUCUGACCUUCUCAUGAAGAAAGCUGGGGUCUGAAGACAAUCCCUACCCCCCCUCCUUCCAAUGCAACAGAAAUUUUGGUUUUUCCAUUUGUGUAUUCAAAUAACGUUUUCCUACAAGGAAGCACAAAUUCAGGCUAUUCUCAUUAAAGGGUAUGGUAGCAUUUUUAAAAGCUCCGAAUAUGAACAGCUUGAAGCAUCUAGUUCGCUCUGUAGACUUUUCUGCAUUAAAACGAUCAUUCUGGCUUUUGUCAUUAGCUGAAUUGUGGAAUGAGGAAGAAACUGGGAUAUUUUUUGAAACCAGCCAAAAAAGGAAAAAUUUGUCUAGUUAAAAAUAUUGCUCCCUUUUCUUAAAGUUUGAAGUGGGUGGUUUGCCAGUUGGGCUGUUGAAUUUGUCUUGAAACGUUAAAGGGGCCCCCCCAAAUCAAGAGCGCUUGAUUUUGCUGGCAAAACCUAGUGGGACCAUCAGAGUUAAUAGUAACUAUGGCAACUGGAACGAUUGACAAGGGCUCCAGCAGUUUUAUUGAGUUUAAAGUACCACAGUUACUGCAUCAGACAGUUGGGAUUAAAGCUGGGAGCCACCAAACCCACGUGUGUGCUUGCACCUCAAUGCCAGGCAUGGUGAUUGCAAAUGCUACAGUGGGGUUGAAUUCUCACUGGGUAAUCCUGGCACUAUUUUGGUCUGGCAUAAUGCUUUGUGUUGUCUCUGUGAGGAGAAAGGAGGGUCCUUUCCUUUUGGCAUCGUGCUCAUUUCCUCUUCCGGCCGCCGCCAUCUGGUUCCACAUCGAUUUGGUGGCUUUUCUGUAUCAUUUGUGCUUUGUGACGAGUGAAGGAAAGCCUUUUCUUGUUGCCGUCACCAACACUGCUAUUUUCUGUAACCUCAAUUAUGCAAGCAAACUGAAUACAGGGGUUAAUGUUCCACGCAACACAAGCUCUUAAUAGGUUUCUGAUUUAGCCAAGGGAUUUUCAUUUACGUGCAAAAGAAUCCUGAUUUUAAGUUUCCUGAAUCUCCUUGUAAACCAAGGAGACUCGUUUGGGGCUGGGAAUUCCCCAGUCUUCCAUCCAUACAUUAAUUGAUUUAAACGUUAUUUUAAAAAAUGAUGAACUCAUCUUUACAUUUUGGGAGAGGAGGGCAUGAGGAGUGGAUUAAUAUAUGCAUAUGUAUGUAUAUGCAGAGAUAAAGCAUGCUUUUUCAACCUUUUAUAAGUAUAGCAUGUGUUCAAGUGCAUUGUGUUCUUUAACUCUGAGGACUGGCUGCAUCUGACUUCUGUAUUUAGCUUAACUAAGCGUUAGCUCCUACUUAAACAACUGAAAGCUUGUCACAAAUGGAUCUUGGUAAACCUUUGUUUCUUUGGAAAAUGCUAUGUUGUGGGAUCUUAAUCUUACGUUAGGUAAAAUUCGUGUCAUUUAAACAUAGAAUUCAUUCUCUGUGUGUUUUAAGAAUUCAACAUCACACAAAUCAAAAAUGCUUUUUCUUUUCCUAAAGUCCCUAAAAAGUGGCGGAAAAUGUGAAAGGGUUUGUUUUUUUUUUGCUAAAAAAUAUAUAGUUAUCAAAUAUUUCUAGAUGCCUUUAAAAAUAAAGUCUGGUUUUCAAUUUGGAAUUUAGGAUUGUCCCUUCUUAACUGGAUUGGUCUUUUUGGAUUUUAGUUCAGGGAUAUAAAAUUCAGGAUUUAACAGUAAUUUUCAAGAUUUUUUUUUUUCCAUGACUCAGAAUUUAAAAAAAGCUUUUUGAGUGGCUCCAAGUUUCUGCGGAUACAAGAUGACACAAACAUACAGGCUUUAACUUGAAAAGAUAUUAAACUGAUGUUACCUGGAAAAAAAAAUUCCAGGAGGUAAACACACUUGGCAUUUUUGUCUUAAUCCUGGGGGCAACCUGGUGUUUGAAAAACCUGGAUUUUAAAAGACGUAUGUGUUGGGGUUUAAAUGGAAUUAAAAGUUAAACACUAAAAUUUUCCUGCUAAUAUAUUUUCAAGGAACUC